CUCCCGGAGCCGCCGCCGCCGCCAGCCUCCUUCUAUUCCCCGCGGCCCCGCUCCCUCACCCAGGAACCACCGAUCAUCUCUGGAUUCUCUCCCAGGAGCUUCAAGUAGGGAUAUGUCCUCAGCACCAACCACUCCUCCAUCAGUGGAUAAAGUAGACGGAUUUUCUCGGAAGUCCGUCAGGAAAGCCAGACAGAAGAGGUCGCAAAGCUCCUCACAGUUCAGGUCUCAGGGCAAGCCUAUUGAGUUAACGCCUCUGCCUCUGCUGAAAGACGUUCCAUCCUCAGAGCAGCCUGAACUGUUCCUAAAGAAACUUCAGCAGUGCUGUGUAAUUUUUGACUUCAUGGACACGCUAUCAGAUCUUAAAAUGAAAGAAUACAAGCGCUCCACUCUUAAUGAACUGGUGGACUACAUUACAAUAAGCAGAGGCUGUUUGACAGAGCAGACUUACCCUGAAGUAGUUAGAAUGGUAUCUUGCAAUAUAUUCAGAACUCUCCCUCCUAGUGACAGCAAUGAAUUUGAUCCAGAAGAAGAUGAACCUACCCUUGAGGCAUCAUGGCCACAUUUACAGCUUGUAUAUGAAUUUUUCAUACGAUUUUUGGAAAGCCAAGAAUUCCAACCCAGCAUUGCCAAAAAAUACAUAGAUCAGAAAUUUGUAUUACAGCUUUUGGAACUUUUUGACAGUGAAGACCCUCGAGAACGAGACUACCUAAAAACAGUCUUACACAGAAUUUACGGCAAGUUUCUUGGUCUUAGAGCAUUUAUCCGAAAACAGAUUAACAAUAUUUUUCUACGGUUUGUUUAUGAAACUGAACACUUCAAUGGAGUCGCUGAACUGCUGGAAAUAUUAGGAAGUAUUAUCAAUGGCUUUGCUUUACCUCUUAAGGCAGAACAUAAACAGUUUCUGGUGAAGGUAUUGAUUCCUUUACAUACAGUCAGGAGCUUAUCUCUCUUCCAUGCACAGUUGGCAUAUUGCAUAGUACAGUUUUUGGAGAAAGAUCCUUCACUCACAGAGCCAGUUAUUAGAGGGUUAAUGAAAUUCUGGCCUAAAACAUGUAGUCAAAAGGAGGUCAUGUUCCUUGGGGAGCUGGAAGAAAUUUUGGAUGUGAUUGAACCUUCACAGUUUGUUAAAAUUCAGGAGCCAUUGUUUAAACAAAUUGCCAAGUGUGUAUCUAGCCCUCACUUUCAGGUGGCAGAGAGGGCACUGUAUUAUUGGAAUAAUGAAUACAUCAUGAGUUUGAUAGAGGAAAACUCCAAUGUCAUCCUUCCCAUCAUGUUUUCCAGUCUCUAUAGGAUUUCCAAAGAACAUUGGAACCCGGCUAUCGUGGCUUUAGUGUACAAUGUAUUGAAGGCAUUUAUGGAAAUGAACAGCACCAUGUUUGACGAGUUAACAGCCACUUACAAGUCAGAUCGCCAGCGUGAGAAAAAGAAAGAAAAAGAACGUGAAGAAUUGUGGAAAAAACUGGAGGACCUGGAGUUAAAGAGAGGUCUUAGACGUGAUGGAAUAAUUCCAACUUAACAACAGCAACAAAAUGACAACAGCAUUAUUAACCUGUGGAGUCACACAUUUAUGUAGUAGAAGAUGGAGCAACAGUUUUCUGUAUUGUGCAACUUUACAGUAGAUUUCACAUUUGUUUCAUUAUUACAACAGCACUGUAUAUACCUGUCUCUAAGUAAAGGAAAAAAAAAUAAGGACUUAAAUCCAAAGUUUGGACAGUAGAUGGACUUCUCAGAACUUUGCAAACAUAAUCAUUGUUCUAACCCUACUUUAAAAGCAGUCUUCAGAGAUCUGUUGAUAAAAUUGCUAUGUUUAAAUUCCAUUGUCAGGAGUUCCUUAUUUAUCAUUAGCAGAGAGUAUGAUACAAUUUUCAAAUGUGAACAAUCUUAAAUUUAGCUUGUCUUUCUGCUAAAUUGUUAAGUGUAUUUAUAGUAAAAGGAAAAAAAAAAAAGACUGUCAUUUCCUUAUAAGUUUGUGUAACAUCCUCCUUCUCUGGAUAACUUUACUGUAAUUUGACAUCUUUUCCUUUUGCACAUCUUCAUAGGUUGAAUGUCCACAAAGAACAGGGCCGUGAAUACACAGGUCCCUGCAAAGGUUUUGUUUACUGGUGUGAGCAAGCAUCUUUCCAGUAACCAGGCUAGUCCUCAUACUCCUUAGUUUUCACAUCAGGAGUAAAACACAGAGAGGUGAUAAACAUGGUAGGGAAGGGAAUUUUGGAUUCAUGCAUUAGUUUGUGAUGGAUCCAAAUCAAUGUCUUGAAUCCUUUUGAAAACAGGCACUGGUACACCACAGACUUCAGUACCUAAUCAGUAUUAGUUAUGUGCAUCAUUGAACACAUAUACCAGAGCUGUUUUAGUAAUGACUGAAAUACAUCUUUUUGGACCACUUUGAAAUAAUAAAGACAAACACUAAACAGUACAUCCGUGAAAUUGAUCUCCAGGGAUUGCAGAUCUAAUUGGAAAAAGAGUUGAGCAAACAGUUUGGGCUGUUUGGAGUUGUUGCCUUACUUUUUAAUAUGUAUUUAUAAAGUAUUCCAGCAAAAGAGGAUGUAGCCUCUGGAAAAAUGUUACAGUGUUUUUGUAGACUCUAGUUGAAUUUCUCAUCCCAGCGCCAGCCCUGUUUUUAGCUGGAAAGGAUUCAGGAUAACAUUAUUCUGCAUUCUGAAUCAGAUGCUUAUUCCUAACUACUGUAUUUGUUACCAAAAGUGGUUCUACAAAUGCUACUGAAAAAAAAUCUGGAAAUUCCUUAUGUCCUGAGUAUUAAUAAUAAAGUUUAAAAAUGCUUUUAUAUCAAAGGUGCAUUGUGACCAAAUUGUUUAAGGAAAAAUAACAACAAAAAAAACGAGAGCUAUAUCACAAAGUAUACAUCAUUGGCUAUCUGCUUUGUACUUAAAAGUGAAAUCUUACAUCUUUGGUAGGUAAAAUGCUAAUGUGAUUCAUGUACAGUAUAUAUUUAGCUAAUGCAGUGGCAUUAUUAUAUACCGAAAGGUAUGUAUUGCAGGAUUUUUUUUUUCCCAGGACUCUUUUGAUCUGUUAUAGACAUGAUAACAGUGAGUUGAUAAUCCUAAAUGAUUGGUCCCAGCAGUAUUUAUGGUAUAGAGCAGAUUCUGUGUUCAUGCAUCUAAUUGUGAUAGUUAAAAAUAUGAACACAUGAACUGUUGCCCUUUGAUAGGAAUACAGUAUAAAUAUGGGCUUGUAUAUUUUCCUCCCUCCAUUUAAAUAUGUAGUAGAAGAUAGUUUUCUUGUUUCCAAGCCAAAAAAAAAAAAAGAAAAGAGUGGGGAUGGAUGGAGAGGGCAGCCCUAUCCUCUCUCCCAGGUUACGUCUUUCAGGAUUAUCAGGUCAUAGUUUAUACAUGAGUCAGCCACAUAAGAAUAUUGUCAUCUCAGCAACUUUGUAAAAACUUGACAAUGUUAAUUCUGAAAAUGAAAUAGCAGUAAACUAGUCAUAUGCAACACCAAAAAUAACAUGGUUUAAUAGGAUUACUAGAGAUGUUUUUUUUUUUAAAAAAAAAAAUCGAUGGGAGAUUGAUAGAAAUUUGGCAGAGGCUGCCAAAGAUCAUACAACUUCUUUUAAAAUACUGGAGAAAAGGUGCAAGCUCAAAUACUAAAGAUAAAAAUAAAUUUAUAACAAACCAUC